CCAGGAUCAAGCAGGUCAACCAUUCUUUGUCUCCAGUUUCCUCUGUCCUUUCUCUUCACCUCAACUUGUCGACCCGUCAUUCUCUUGCCCUUGUCAGCUACACGUUAGACACUCUCUCAACAAUGAAGGUCUCUUUCUUGACGGCCCUCGUCCUGGCCGCCUGCACGGUGGCCAGCCCCGUGGGUCAGCCUUACGCUCGCGACAGUGAAUGUAUCUGUCAGCCCAAUGGCGGUCAUGGCUCUGGCUCUGGCUCUGGCUCUGAGCCCCCGCAGCCUGCCCCCGAGUCCGAGUCUCCUGCUCCUUCAGCCUCCCUCUCUCCCGGUGGCUCUCCAUCCGGUGUUCCUUCUUUCCCCCGCAAUCCAGCGCCUGCUUCCUCCCAGCCUGUCACCCUUCCAGGCUUCCGGCCCGCUCCCUCCGCUACUGUGCCGUUGGCAGCAUCGUCUCCGAAUGCCGAACCUUCUGGACGGCCUUCGGGUCUUCCUGGAUCCACGGGCUCUUCUGGUCCCUCUGGUCCUUCUGGUCCCGGUGGCUCCGGAUCUUCCAGCCCAUCAGGCCCUGCAGGACCUAGUGGCCCCUCUGGAUCUGGCCCCUCUGACCCCUCGAAUCCCUCUGGUCCAGCCGGUCCUGGAAGCUCCCCCGGCGCGUCCGGCGGUUCUCAACCAUCUGCAACCGUUCCCUCCGGACCUGGCUCCUCGACCCCCGGCUCGACCCCGUCGGGAUCUUCGUCGUGCGAGAGCGGUCACUGCCACGGCACAGGUCAUCUGAUUCAGGAUUUGGGUCCUCAGGCGGAUCGCCUGUUGAAGGUCGUCGGCAGCGGUACGGAGGAACUGCUCAUCCAGCUGAGCGACCCAGUUGCUGACCUGCUGGCCGGACUCGGCUUGGUGGGUCUAUCUCAGCCCGUGGGAAGCCUCCUCCGAAGCGCCUCCAGCAUCGGUGAGCUGGUGUCGGACUUGGGUCAGCCCGUGGACAACCUUUGCAUCGUGACGGGCAAGGGUCUUGGUUUCUUCUUGAUCGAACUGGACCACCCCGUGGCUGAUCUUCUUCGCGGACUUGGCCUUGACGCUCUCGCCCAGCCGGUGGGAAAUGUGCUCAGCGAUAUUGGCAGCAGCCUUAAGCGUCGGGCUGAUGUCUCGAAGCCGGCAGGUCUGCUCGAGGAGCUGGCCCCCGUGGUGGAUUGCAUCCUUCAAAUCACCGGCGAAGACCUCAAGCCACUGCUGAUCCGUCUGAGCAACCCCGUGGCGCAGCUCCUGGUCAACCUGGGCUUGAACGAGGCUGGGCGCAGCGUGGGCCAAGUGAUCCGGUCGGCUGCCUCGGUGGGCGACCUGAUUGCCAACUUGGGACCGGUGGUGGAUUGCCUGCUCACGGUGGUGGGUGAGGACGGUGGUCUCCUGCUGAUCAAGCUGGAUCCCGAUGUUGCCGCCUUGGUGUCUGGCCUGGGGUUGCCGGCUAUUGGAGUGCCCGUGGGUACCAUUGUCGGGGAGCUGGGAAAUGCUUUGUAGAGUGUGGUGGAGAGAGCAUCUCUGGAAAAGAAGGGCGAUCACUUAUGUCACUUCCCCACAUGCACUUUUCUGUAUACUACUACGGAGUACGUACUAGGUACUCCACACUCUGACCGAUGUACCGAUAUACCGAUAGUACUAAUAAUUAAUGUCAC